UUACCCGUUUUGGUUGACUUGUGUUGACCUAGCCGAGUGACUCGGUUUUUACUAUACUGCCCUUGGCUGCACAACCUUUUAUCAGUCGAUCCCCACCGCCGGCGGCCAUCGUCCCCGGCGUUCAUCUCCGUCCGCCGGCGUGCUCCUCGCCCCGCAUCAGCUUCGUCCGUCGCGGGCUCGCGGCUCUCCGGCAGCAUCAGCCUCACCCCGCCGUCCCUCGUCCCGGCUGCCUUGUCCCUCCUCGCCCAUCGCCGACGAGAAGGUGACUGACUGUUCCAAAGUCCCCAACAGUUAGCUUGACUAUUCUGCUGUUCAGCUCAGACGCCAUGACUUGCAGUUGACCUCCACUCUGCACAUCUGCAAGGGAAGAAUGACUAGUGGAAUGGAGCCCGUUGAUGACUCAGAGUGGGAGGAAGUUAGCUCCAUCAACAACUACGCGCUGUUCAUGGGACACAUGUCUAUGGCCGUCAAGGGGCUAGGUUAUCUUCUUGUUUUAUGGACCACUGUUAUCCUUCUUGGUGGCUUCGUCUCCAUACUGGGGAAGAAGGAUUUUUGGUGUCUCACAAUAAUUACCCUUGUCCAGACCGCUGGAGUCUCCGACAUCUUUCUGAACGAAAAGCUACGAUAUACUUGGAGGUCGUUUUUAGGCUUUUUCUCAGCUACGGAUACAUUGGAAACGGAAAGGGGUGCCAUUAGCUGGUUCUAUGGCCGAUCACGGUCACGCUCCUACUACCUGAACAACCUAGUAGUAGUUGUCAUAUGGCUGCUCCAUUUGUUCGUGUUUGCCACCAUCAUCUGCCCUCUAGCGGUGCUCUACAUGUUUGGGCUGAUCAUCACCACUGCCAUAUCCGCGUGUCGUCUGAUACAGCAUGACUACGGGGGUGAGGUCAACAAUGGCGGCGCCAACCUGAAAUCUGCGCUGAAGUUCGUCUACUCCAUCGCCUUGCUCCAGGGUGUGCUCUUCUGUUACCGGUUCACAUUGUGCUAUGAGCAGAAAAGGCUGGUGGAUUUGGUGGUUAACAAAUAUCGCUUUGUUACUAGUUUGAGCGAGUCAGUGAUGGCGUACAUGCAAGAGACGAUGAUCGGGUGUGAGAAGGACCCGUCAUUCGUCAAAGGAAGGAACCUGGUCACAUAUGCCGUCGGUUUAACCAAGUCUGGAUCCCCUGAUGGCUUCCUCUCUGGGGUGAGGAUCCUGGACUCCCUCCUGAAUACGCCAAUGUACAAGUACAAUUUCUUUCUCGAGGUUGAGGUCGAGGUCGAAGAGCAGAAAGCAAUGGUAAAGCAGCUCCUCCUAUCGGCAUCCUACAGCCAAGAUGGCGGCCUGCACACACUGCUGCAGUCACUUGAUUGUACGAGGGCAUACAAUGCCGAGGCGAGGGAGCACGCUGCAAGGAUCGUGGCGCACCUUGCUGGUGACCUCCACCUGGAGCAGUUUCCACAAGGGAUCCAUUGCAUAGCUUCUCUGCUCGAAGGUCCCCCUAAGGAUUGUGAUGGCAACAUCCCUGUAAAUUACCGAGAACUGAUGCUGCAGGGCCUGAGUAUCCUCAUGAAGCUCGCUGCACACGAGGACUGUCAGCGAUCCAUCAACAAGACGGAGGGCCUGCUAGCCAAGAUCAUGGCGCCUCUGCGGUCUGGCCUGCUCAACCACAACGAUGACCCUAAUAGUGCGUGGUUCAGAACAGUGCAUGCUUCGAUGGUUGUGAUUCUCCGGCUUGUGGAUGCUCCUGGCCAGACUGGCAAGGAACUCCGCCGCAAAAUCUCAGGAGACGUGGAAGCCAUGGCUAGUAUGGAGAGGAUUCUAGGUUGCCAAGGAUGUGGGCUCGGAUCGUUCCAUGAUAGUUCCCUGUUUAUGCAAGCAUUGGACAUUUACACACGAAUGCACGAGCACACGCUUUCUAACAUAGUGACGAGGGAAUAUUUCAUUGAGAAAUUGUUACUCAUCUUCACUCACAAAGUUUAUAAGGAGGCCAACAUCAUUUUUGGGUUGGCAGUGGUAGGUGAAAAGCUUGCGACGCUAUGUUCCCAUGGCAAAGCAAAUGCCAAGUUAAUCUUACAAGUGAAAGAUGAUGUCGUUGGUGAUCUCACAAAAAUACUUGUACAAGACAGAUAUCCCAAGGAAUACAGAAUAAGCGCCGCGCAAAUCCUCGAGCAGCUGUGUGUUCAUCACACUGAUGAUGAUGAAUAUAUCCAGAGCCUCAAGGAAGCCUUAAAGGUUAAGAGUCCAGAGGUGCUUGUGAGAACACUUCGUGCCGAAUCUGUGGACAGACAAAUGCUGGCGGCAGUUUUAUCUCUGAUUGUGACGAUGACACGAAACUUAAUGGAUGCUGAAGAUUUGCCUCCUCUUAUCGAUGCAAUUAACAGGGCAGCCAACGGCUUCAGCAUCUUAACGGAGCUCCAAUCGAUGGUCACAAAGCUGUCAAUGAAGAGUAAGGUGACUAUAGUGAACAGAUUGAACACAUUGAAGCUUAUCACUGAGAUAUUCAUACUAAUCGUUAGACAUGGAAGCCGUUACACCGUAGAAGAAGCAGAGAACUUGAUUAAAUCACUGUCGAAGGCUGCGAGGAACAUGUCGGAAAUCGAGGACAUCAUGGUUAUCUCUGGCUGUAGCAGCAGCCUAAAGACUCUUGGUUCCCUCGUGAAAGAAGCUGAGGAACUCCUGCCUAGAGCAAGGGCAUCCGAAAUGGAAGUGAUAAUUGAGCAUCCUAGCUGUGUCAAUCGAAAUCAGAUUAAUUAAAUCGUACAUAAUCUGUAUUAUUUUAAUCCAUACCCUCAUUGGAAAACUGUGUGCCGGGGAAAUCUGAUAAUCGAUCUGAAAACCGAAAUUAAAAAUUACUCGUGCCGGUCAGUAAUAAAAUCAAAGUGAAAAUCGGCCUUUAAUCAUCUGAGGCCAAUGUAUAGUAUUUUUUUUCUUACACUUUUGUACAUUCCAUUUUGCUGUUCUUCUCUUCUUUUUUUCUACUCUUUCCCAAUCAUGUAACAAUGUAACUUAUCAUUUCUAUCAAUGAAAUGGCUAUAAGGUAGAGCUGGCUCUACGUUCUUAUGUUUA